AUGUCAGAGCGAAGGUCUUGGGCUUCAUUUACCGCUCCGCAAGACCACGACUAUCCCUCCGCAACCUCCAACAACCCUGAUCAUGAUGCUGCCACAUCUGCCGCGCCCACGAGGCUAGACAGGCUUCGCCGUGUUGUUCAAAGAAGCAACGAAUUGAGGAGAGAGUCCGAGGAAGCCGAGCGCAAUGCCAGAUGGGCUCCUCCACCUUCGCGUCUGAGACGUCGCCGCUACAGGGAUCCUACUGAACAGUCUCCUCCACGCUUUACUCGAUCCAUCAUCGACCAACCAUCCUCUGACCUUGACGAGCCCAGGCAGUGGAAUGUCAAGAGAAGGAAGCUGACUCACGAGUCAAAUUACAAGUACGGUCGCUAUGGUCAGGUCGAGCCUGGAAGACUAAAGCUUGAACUCGAAAGCUGCGAUGGCGAGGUCCACAAUGAAGAGCGCAGCAGCAUCGAUUUUGGGCCCGAGAACAUUCUCAAGCACGACAAAAGUGUUUACUGCUCUCGCGCGUCAAAGUGCAACAUUGUCCUGCGGCAUCACGAUGAUUCGACCUUUUGUCUGGAAAAGCUGUACAUCAUUGCGCCUGAAAAUGGCUUUACUGCUCCGGUAAAAGAGGGUCUGGUCUAUGUUGGCAUGAGCCGAGACGACCUUCAGCCAUAUAUCAACAGCUCCACACAUUACCUGAACCCUCCUAGAAGUCCGCCUCCACGCCGUACACAUGAUCCUGUACGCCUCAGUUUGCUGGAGAGCAUACAUGAUCCUGAGGUCGCCCGUGCUAUUGGUACGCGCAGGGGCGCUGGCUUCUUCUCACCCAUCGACUCUCCGGCAGAUGAUCAGUCUCAGGACGAGGACGAGGCUGAUGAUAUGUGGAACUCCAUACCUACAACCAGAGAUCCUUCAUGGCCACCUAUGGAUCCAAGUCGACAGGUUGCAACCAGGAACGACAUUGACAACCGGAAUUGUGAUGAACCUGCGGAUUUACGCGACUCCCCGGACGGCCGCAUAGUCGUCUUGAGUGACGAGGAAAUUUCUUGGCCCGAGGAUCCUACCAGGCCAGACGUGCUCGCAGAUAGGAGGCGUAGGGAGCGGAACUUGCGCGAGUACGACGACGAGGAUAUUUGGGAAUCGAGAUAUCGAUCCAACUAUACGCGUAUGCGUAUGCGGCAACCACAUAUAUCCACGGAGCGAAAUGAAGCCGCUCAACUAAGUCCAGAGCCAGAUCGAUACAAGAGCGAUAAUGUUGCCAGGGCGAGAUUCAAGAUCAAGGACAAUCGACAUCGGGUAGCGAUCAAGUUCGAUCCUCCAGUAUCUGGCACGCAUAUCUUACUGAAGUUGCAGACGCCGUAUGUCAACAAGAACAUUGAUAUACAGACUGUCAUUGCGACUGGCUUUGCAGGACCAAGAUAUUUUCCGGUAAUUCAGUUCAAAUGA